GCCGGCCGGCCGGCCUCUGGACAGGGAGGGUGGGAGCUGGGUGGGUGGCAGUGUGGAGUUGGGGACUGGCCCCGGAGGGGCUGGGCACACCCCCCGCAGGGACCGAUGGAACAUGGAGAAGGUGAUCAUGCCGUCGGUGACGCUCAUCGUGGGCUGUGGCGUGUCGUCCCUCACCCUGCUCAUGCUGAUCAUCAUCUACGUCUCCGUGUGGAGGUACAUCCGCUCGGAGCGGUCUGUCAUCCUCAUCAACUUUUGCUUGUCCAUCAUCUCCUCCAACGCCCUCAUCCUCAUCGGGCAGACCCAAACUCGCAAUAAGGUGGUGUGCACGCUCGUGGCUGCCUUCCUGCACUUCUCCUUCCUGUCGUCCUUCUGCUGGGUGCUCACCGAGGCCUGGCAGUCCUACAUGGCCGUGACAGGCCGCCUCAGGAGCCGCCUCAUCCGCAAACGCUUCCUCUGCCUGGGCUGGGGGCUUCCUGCGCUGGUCGUGGCCAUUUCUGUGGGAUUCACCAAGGCCAAAGGGUACAGCACCAUGAACUACUGCUGGCUCUCCCUGGAGGGGGGACUGUUGUACGCCUUCGUGGGACCGGCCGCCGCUGUCGUGCUGGUGAACAUGGUCAUCGGGAUCCUGGUGUUCAACAAGCUUGUGUCCAAGGAUGGCAUCACGGACAAGAAGCUGAAGGAGCGGGCAGGGGCCUCGCUCUGGAGCUCCUGUGUGGUGCUGCCCCUGCUGGCCCUGACCUGGAUGUCGGCCGUGCUCGCCGUCACCGACCGCCGCUCAGCCCUCUUCCAGAUCCUGUUCGCCGUCUUUGACUCGCUGGAGGGCUUCGUCAUAGUGAUGGUGCAUUGCAUCCUGCGCAGAGAGGUCCAGGACGCCGUGAAGUGCCGCGUGGUGGACCGCCAGGAGGAGGGCAACGGGGACUCGGGGGGCUCCUUCCAGAACGGCCAUGCCCAGCUCAUGACUGACUUCGAGAAGGACGUGGAUCUGGCCUGUAGAUCAGUGCUGAACAAGGACAUUGCGGCCUGCCGCACGGCCACGAUCACAGGCACACUCAAGCGGCCGUCGCUGCCCGAGGAGGAGAAGCUAAAGCUAGCCCACGCCAAGGCGCCCCCCGCCAACUUCAACAGCCUGCCAGCCAACGUGUCCAAGCUGCACCUGCACGGCUCGCCCCGCUGCCCGGGCGGCCCCCUGCCCGACUUCCCCAACCACUCACUGACCCUCAAGAAGGACAGGGCACCCAAGUCCUCCUUUGCCGGUGAUGGGGACAUCUUCAAGAAGCUGGACUCGGAGCUGAGCCGGGCCCAGGAGAAGGCCCUGGACACCAGCUACGUAAUCCUGCCCACGGCCACAGCCACGCUGCGGCCCAAGCCCCAGGAGGAGCCCAAGCACAGCAUCCACAUCGAUCAGAUGCCCCAGACCCGCCUCAUCCACCUCAACAUGGCACCUGAUGCCGGCCUCCCUGCCCGCAGCCCACCCACCCGCCAGCCCCCAGGACGCUCCCUCGUUUUCCUGGCUGGAGUCUCUGGGGGACUCCUGGCCUCCGGAGAGCUGACGUGGAUGCACCUGCACAAGCAGGCCCACGGCACCUCGGGAGGAUGA